AUGUCUGGUGGUCCUAUCCGUAGAGCAUCACAAGCUUUACAAUUGACUGCUUUAUCUCAUAUUGAAAGCAUUCAAGCUGAUUAUGGAGGAACAGAAAUAAAAAAUGUUCUCGAAUGGUUAGUUAAGAAUACUCGUAAUGAUAUGGCAACCUCUGUUUUCUUAUUAACAGAUGGAAUUGGAUCCAACGUUUCACAUCAUUUAGUAGAGUCAGUUGCUCGAACGGGGAUAGUUAAAUGGAUUGACGACAACAUGCCAACAUCGGUUAUUCCAAUUCCUUGGAAUUCGUCGGAAAAAAAUGAAAUCAAGUUUUGUCAAGCGCCCAAUUCUAUUCCUGCUAUAUAUUUGGCACAAUACUUGGAUGGCCCGAUUAAACUUAAUGUUAAAGAUUGGAAAAAGAAACUUCAAAGCUGCAUGUGGAUUCCAAUAGAAAAAGUUCCUGAUGAUCUUGUUAAAGAACAAAUCAUUAAUUUAGAUCUUCGAUUAGCUAUCGAAAAAGAUCGAAAUCUAUCUUUCGCUAUACUCCAACGAAAUCUUCAGUUAGUCGUAAAAGAGCAAAAAAACACUAAGAUCGAGCUGUCACAAUCAUUUGAUAUAAAAGUACCAACUAUUGAAACAUUAAAUAUGAAAAAUGACGAUUUAGUAUGGACGACGGCUGUAACUACGUCUUAUUUGGAAAUUGUGAUGAAGGAAUUUAAAGAGGAAUGGGAAUUAUAUUAUGAAAAAGCAGAACGCGCAUUAGUUAAAUUAAUCAGUGAAAAGGAUAAAAAUAGCAAAGUUGAGACUAUUUUAUCGGAAACUCGUGAAUGGGAACAAAGGUGGCUUUCGAAAGGGCUUACUACUCCUGAAAAAUUCGUUGUAUGGUGGAACGAUAAGCAUCCAGAUUGUCAAAUCAAAGUUGAUUCUCUUAUGUCAUGGACUUAUCGCGAUCCUUCCGAAUAUAAUAUAAACUGGCACGAAUAUGGAGAUUAG